UCGAAACUGUGUGUUGUUGUUCUUAUUUCAUGUUCCAGAAGUUGAAACUAAGAUCAAAAUGCUAUGUUGGGUUCGUUUUAAAUUAAGAAUCUCAAUAUUUAAUAUUUAUUUUUCAAGUGUUUGAUUUCUCUGAAUGUCGAAAAGAUUAUAGGUAUGCUGUGAUUGAUCCUGAUGCUUUCAUUGAUUCGAUGUCAAAGCUUCAUAGUCUCUUGAAUUUUCAUGUCUUUGAACUUUGGCCGUUUUGGACUGAUUACUGCUAAGAGUGUACAGAUGGUUCCAAUGGGCUAGCAUGUACGUAAUUGUUCAGACCAUUAGGCAGAGACUCGAGUAAUUUGCUGCUUAAAUUGGCUGAGUAGCUUUACUACUGUAGCUAGAGGCCAGAAUUCCCAUGGUGCGGUUGAUCAUAUUACAGCAGGAAUGAGCCCAUAAAUGUCAGCAUGGCUGUGGUUCCAUCAUGUUAUAAAAUGCCAUAUAAAGAUCAAAAUUUUCUAAUUCCUAAGGUAGAAAGACUGACUGAGAAAGGCUACAUAUGUGGCUGCACUGCUCCUUUAGAGGGUUCUGCAUGUUUCUCUUCUAGUUGUGACAACAGAUGCAGGGGGUGGCAUCCCUUGCAUAUUUCUUCCGGUACCUUAACGAAAGCUGACACUGGAAACAGAGACAGAGGUUUUAACAGACUGCAAUGGCGUCUUUGGACCUUGACUGGUGUGCAUAACACAAAAUUUCAUCUAAGAACCUUAUCCAGGAAAGCAUCGCCAAAGGAAAAUUCAGGGCCUGGUCCUAAUGAAUCACAGCUGAGAUUAUUGGAAUCUUAUUUUGGAAAACGUCAAGAAGAUGCGAAGAAGACUUCUUCAGUUUCUUCGAGCAAGACAGUGGAGUUGCUCGAUAAUAGUGGUGAAAGUAACACAAAGAUGAGGUUGAGCUCUCUAGAUGCUUAUCUUAGCAAACUUGAUGAAGAUUCAAAUUCUAGAAACAAUGUAUCAUCAUCCAUUGCCAGUGGCCGAAACCCUGAAAGCAACCCAAUAGCAACUCCAUUUUCUGUCAGUGAAGAUGCUAAGAUAGACGAGGAAGCAAAACUGAGAAGUGAUGUAGGCUUCAGAGUAAGGGAUGUUGGUAGUGGCUCUAAGAGAUCUGAAGCUUUGCAGCAGUAUGAUGAAGCUUCUGAUCUCUACUUAAUAAGUAUAUUGGCUUCCAUAAACAUCGCUGUCUUUCUGUUUGAAAUUGCCACUCCAGUUAGAAACUCUGACUUGGAGCUCUUUUCCCUCCCUUCAUUAUAUGGAGCGAAAAUAAACGAUCUGAUCCUUGUUGGACAAUGGUGGAGGCUAGUGACACCAAUGUUUCUGCAUUCUGGAAUUCUUCAUGUAGCUCUUGGUUGUUGGGCACUUCUUUCUUUCGGGCCUCAAGUUUGCAGACGUUAUGGAUCCUUUACAUUCGUCUUGAUAUACUUGCUUGGUGGAGUCUCUGGAAACUUGAUAAGCUUUCUCCAUACACCAGAACCAACCGUUGGUGGGACGGGACCAGUCUUUGCUGUGAUUGGUGCCUGGCUGAUUUAUCAAAUACAAAACAAAGAUGUAACUGCAAAGGACAUUUCAGAGAGGAUGUUCCAAAAGGCAAUCCUUGUGACUGCUCUCAGCUGCAUAUUAAGUAAUUUUGGUCCUAUUGAUGACUGGACUCAUUUCGGAGCAGCUUUCACUGGUAUAGCAUAUGGAUAUUUCACAUGCCCUACGCUUCAGUUGGACGAUGCAUCUUCGAGAGCCGGUCAAGAGGAACAAAUCACACUUGUUGGACGAAAUGCUGAUGCUUGCAAAUCACUCAUUGUGUUUACUGUUUUCAUUCUGGUUUUCAGCUCUCUACUUUUCCUUAUGCAACCCCCUCUCAGCACAUUGCCAGUAGAUGACUUCGUGUAGAACCGGGAAAACAAGAAAUGAAACGAAAUCUAUAGCCUAUUUUAUUUGCAAUUAUCAUGUAGGGUGAAGGAACUCACUUUGAGAGAGACCUUUGCAAUAUUGUACAGAUGGAAUAAGGUCUCAAUAUGAUAUCACAUUUUCUCUUA